AUGGAUCUCAACAACCACAAUGUCCACAGAGUACUAGUCGAUGGAGGGAGCGCCGUCAAUAUCAUCUUCAGGAACUGUUUCGAGCAGCUCAUCCUCGAAGAGGGAGAAGAGUCACUGACCAAGGUCAGCUACCCAUUGAUCAGAUUCAACGGAUCCGCAGCUAUUCCCCGAGGAAAGAUCACCCUACCCGUCACAAUCGGCCAAGGCCUGGCGGCGAGAAACGUCCGAGAAGAAUUCCUGGUGAUGGACUGUGACUCAGUGUAUAACGUCAUCAUGGGACGAACCAUGAUUCACAAAAUAAAAGCAGUCCCAUCCACAUACCAUCCGAUGAUGAUGUACGUCUCGGAUGCAGGCUUCGCCGAGCGGAUAAAAGGCGACCAAGAGGUGGCAAGGUCAACCUGUCACACGGCCAUCCGAAAGCCGAGGCUAGGAGACAGUCCUGAGGACGAAGAUGAGAAGAGCCCUCCCCCAGGUGGAGAAAAAGAUGCCAAGAGGAGAAAGGCAGAGCCGAGCAGUCUAGUAAAGCCCGCAAAGGUUGAUGCUCGACCAGAGACCCUUUCCCCCGAACCAGACCAAGAAAUGGAAGACUGA